AUGGCAGCUGCAGGGAUUGGGAUUGGAAUUGGAAUCGGAAUCGGAAUUGCGAGAGAUUAUAAGAAGGUUAUGUAUGAGAAACAAUAUCAUCGGAAUGCAGCUGCCGGAGGGUUUUUGUUCGGUUGCCGGAAUAAAAAUAUCAGACUCUCUCUCGUGAAAGCAAGCCAGGACUCAUCAUCAAACAAUUUUGGGGCAUUGAAACAGAAGCGACCACAGAACGUUGAAGGAGAUUUCUUUGUAGAUCAUACAUGCAUAGAUUGUGACACAUGUCGUUGGAUGGCUCCGACAAUAUUUUCACGGGUAGAUGAACUGUCAGCAGUUGUUAAGCAGCCAAGUUGUAAAGAAGAAAGGGUAAAGGCUCUACAGGCCUUACUUUCUUGUCCAACAAGCUCAAUCCAUACAGAGAAAGCUCCUCAUGAUAUCCUGGAAGUACAUAACACACUUCCUAUUCCAAUUAAUGAGCAAAGAUUUCCGGGUGUCUAUCAUUGUGGUUAUCAUUCUGAAAAAUCAUUUGGAGGAGCUUCCUAUAUCAUUGUUCACCCUGAAGGAAACAUACUCAUAGACAGUCCAAGAUACACUGAAAGGCUUGCACAUAAAAUUGAGAUGCUUGGAGGAGCAAAAUACAUGUUUCUGACCCACAAGGAUGAUGUAGCAGAUCAUGAGAAGUGGUCAAAGAGGUUAGAGUGCACAAGAAUUCUUCACUUAAAAGAUGUUGAUGUUCGUACGACUGAUGUCGAUAUCAAGCUAGAAGGGAAUGGUCCAUGGAGCCUUGGCAAUGAUUUUGAACUUAUAUACACACCAGGUCACACUGAAGGAUGUGUAUGCUUGUUAUAUAAGCCACUCAAGAUCCUAUUUGCAGGUGAUCAUCUGUCAAUAUGGGAUUCUGAGCUAUCCAUUGUGGAGAAAUUUAACUGGUGGUCAGUUCCAAUGCAACUGAACAGUGUUCGAAAGUUGUUAGAUGUGGCAUUUGAAUGUAUUUUACCUGGUCAUGGAAGACGAGUUGAAUUUAAUGAUAUCAAAGAGAAGAGUUCAGCUUUGGAAGCUCUAUUGGCUGCUAGAGAACAAGCUCAAAUCCAGUCCAAUUGAUCUCACUGAAUCUAUAAUCAAAGAUGUUUGGUUAAUGGA